AUGUCGUUUAAUGACGUUCACAGCAACGUAGAUUAUCCUUCAAACAUUAAUGAACUAGUGGAACUUGGAAAAGAACAGUACAUUAGCCUAAAGGAAAAGACGACAGUACUGAAAUAUGGAGAAUGUUGGAGAGAUGCCAUUAGUAAUCUCCACCAAGGCUGUAAUGAGUUAACUGAAGACAAGCAGAGUGAAAUGGCUCUUAGGUUUACUAACUGCUUUUUGAAAAUGUCAACCCAUGAAACUACUGACUGUUAUAAAUUUGAAGGUGAGAGGAAAAAGGAGUGCACACAUAACUUAUCAGACAGAGCAUUCACUGUCUAUACUGAGUUUUAUACACACACUCAAAAUAUUUGUUUCUACUUGAAGAGCCAAAUUUGGCAUGACGAAACAGAGGACACAAUCAACAGAUUAUCCUAUGCUUCUGACAAGGCAGCAAAUCAGUUGGAAGAAUUAGUUGAUAGUAGUGUAAAUCUCAAGCAAGCAUUGGUUGAUUCGCAAAGCAAUCUGAAGGUCAUGGUGGCAGAAUUUCAAAUAGCUGCCUCUGAACAACAAAGAAUGUUGUUUGAUGUGUUUGACCGUUUGUCUUCACUGCAAGAGUGGGCUGUUGGUGAAAUUUCAUGGUUGGACACAGUAGUGUUUUAUUUGUGUGGUGUAAUUUUAUCACAGGUUCUUACGGCCACUCCUCGGACUCAAAGUGCUAGAUUUUUCCUUUUCGUUGCUUUUACAGUAAAUGUCAUUGCAGAAAGAUACCUUUGUCAGUAUUUUAUCAAUAAUGGUUCACUGAAAAUUGACAAUUUAAAUGAAAAUCUGUCUUGGUGGGUUUGGCUGUGUCGUAAAAUUCUCAUAAUUGUGUGUGUUAUAAUUUUAAGUAUUGCAGUUAUUCAGUACCAAGAUUACAAUGUGAUAAAUCAUAAUCUUUUAGUGCAAAUUCAAGAACAAAAUAUGAAACUUUUAAGUUAUUUGGAAAAAGUGAAAAUGCUUGAAGGUUCUGUAACUACAAAUAUUCCCAGUGAAACCAGAGUUAAUGUUGAUUCGGAUUGUCAGGUUGUUGGUGAAUACUCUCCACUUAAGCAUGAGCCUGAAUCUCAAAUUAUUACACCAAGUAAACUUCCACAUAGUCCACGAACAACAGUUGCUGUGUUAAGAAAGACAGAACAAGUUAUUCAGUCUGCUUUGCAGUCAAGCUUAGAUCAUAUUGAUAUAGUCCAUAUGCCAAACAGAUCAGGUUCACCAGCUCCAUCUUAUAAUAGUACCCAGAGUUCAAGCAGUUCCCAAAGGAGACGUAGGAAGUUAGACUUCAAUACUGAAGGUGGUAGAACAAGGUAUAACUUACGACAUUCAAAAUUGGAAGAAUGGGAGUAUUAA